AUGGCAGUUUAUGACAAUAUCUUGAAGAAGAUACAUGAAUACAACCGCAACAAUUCGACGGCGGCUUCGGAUGUCGUUCGAGACGGAGAGAAAUUCGAAUCAAUAAUAAUGGAUGAGUUACUCAAUCUGGAAAUCCCAUUCAGCGGAGAAGAAGGGUUAGGGAAGUACCUUGAUUUACACGAGUUUUACAACGUGUUUAUUAAUUCGAAGUUUGGGUACCCUCUCGAUUACACGGAUUAUAUUGAUUACAUCGAAGGGGUGUUUGAGUAUUUGGUAGGGUUCUUGGAUCGAACAGAGCCUUUAAUGUUAUUGGACAGAGUUUUUAAGAAUUUAGAGGCAGAAUUCGAGAAUCAAUGGAAGAAACGGCCAAGAACAACGACGAUUUAUGAUGUGAUCGAGAAUUUUGAUGAGUGUAACACAGUGGAGAGUUUGAUUGAGUUAGGAUCAGUGAAGCUUAGAGAAUGCUUGGAGGUUUUAGGGCUUAAAUCUGGUGGUACCGUUCUCCAAAAGGCAGCGAGGGUUUUCUUAGCCAAGAACACCCCUGUAAACAAACUAGAAAGAAAACACUUCAAGAAGAGAACAGAAGAUAAAGCAACCGUUCUCUUAGAAGUCAAAGUGAAGAAGUUAUGUGAGAUUUUGAAAGAAACUCUUGAUCGAACUCGACAACAUGUUAAGAAUAGGUUAGCAAUGACUGCUAAAGAGUUAGCUGACGACGACCGCGAAGCUGAUGAUGUUCUUGACUUAGAAGAAAUCGAUGGAGAAGAAGAUGAUGAUGAUGACAACAAGGUUGUUAAUGUUAAUAAAAAGUUGUCGAUGCCGUACUGGUUGUACAAGUUUCAUGGACUCGAUCAAGAAUUCAAGUGCCAGAUUUGUGGGGACUGUACUUAUAAGGGUAGAAGGUCUUUUGAAAACCACUUCUGGGAAAAACAACAUGAAUAUGGAAUGCGUUGUUUAGGAAUACCGAACUCUAAGAUGUUUUACGAGAUUACUGAGAUCGAUGAAGCGAAAGAGUUGUGGGAGUCGAUUCGAUUGAGAGAGGGGUUGACUCAAUGGUGUCCUGAAACAGAUGAGGAAUGUGAAGAUGGUGAUGGUAAUAUUUAUACUAAGAAGACUUACAUGGAUCUUGUUAGGCAGGGCUUAAUUUGA